AUGGACUGCUUUAACACUUCCUAUCUAACGAAUGUGCUUAUUUGCGACAAAAAGUAUGAGAUAACAACAGUAUUAAUCAAGUCCAUGCAGAUGCCUGGAUCAGUCAAGAAAAUGAAACUUUUUACUGGAAAUUUUACAUGGCUGGGCGAUCGCUUCCAGGCCAUUGAUAACAGCUUCAUACCAAUCUAA